CUGAGUGGAUGUAUCCCAUCAAUAUGGCCUUCCAGUAUUUCAAUAUUGUUGCUUAAUGACAAUUUAUUCAGUGGCAAGAUUCCUUCAAGCCUGGGCAAAUUAUCUCGACUCCAAAUAUUAAAUCUUGCAAACAAUUUAUUUAGUGGCAAUAUUCCUUAUAGCCUGGGAAAAUUAUUUCAACUCCAGUUUUUAAAUCUUGCAAACAACAAAAUAAGUGGAAUGAUCCCUGCAAGCUUGUCCAAUUGCUCUUCUCUCACUGUCUUAAAUUUGGGAAACAACAGUUUGAAGGGAAGCUUACCAUAUGAAUUUAGUAGACUAUGGCAAUUAAAGUCAUUAGUUGUUCAUGGUAAUAUCCUGAUUGGAUCUUUUCCACCUUCAAUAUCAAAUUGUUCAUUUUUACAAGUUCUUGAUAUCGGGAACAACUUUUUUGGAGGUGAAAUGCCACCAACAAUUGGAAAUUUUUCCGAUCUAAGAGUAUUGGUGAUGAAGAAAAACAAUUUUAUAGGGAAUAUUCCUUCAGCCAUAGGCCAACUAAUAUACCUUCAGAUCUUGCUCCUUUCUUCCAAUCAUUUCUCAGGUUUAAUUCCACACACAAUUGUAUCAUUGCAAGCAAUGACAAUAGAAGACCAAGAUGGUAUUGUAUUGUCCAAUUUUUAUUAUGGGCAAAUAUAUCGGGAUGGAUUGGAUAUGACUUCAAAGGGUAUAGAAGAGCACUACACAUAUAUUCUUUCCACUCUCACAGCCAUAGAUCUAUCAAACAAUGAAUUGGAUGGAGGAAUUCCUUUUGAUUUUGGGAAUUUAAAGGGGUUAAGGUUUGUGAACCUUUCAAUGAACAAUUUGAAUGGGACCAUUCCAAGUAGUUUGGGAGAAAUGGGCCAGCUAGAGUCAUUAGACCUUUCAAGAAAUAAAUUUUCUGGAAAAAUCCCUAUGGAGUUUACAUCUCUUAGCUCUUUAGGUUUCCUAAAUUUAUCAAACAACCACCUUUCAGGAAGUAUACCCCAAGGAACACAGAUGAGUACAUUUGGAGAAUCCUCUUAUUCAGAAAAUUCUAAUUUAUGGGGGUGUCCCCUACCCAAAAAUUGUUCUUGGCCACAAUAUAUUCCUCGUCCUCCUGAAGUUUCAAUUAACAAAGAAAAGAAAAACACUAAAUAUCCUUUGUAUGGAAUAGCAUAAGGAUUGUCAUAUGGAGUAGCAUUUGGAGGAAUAGUGUCAUUGAUCUUGAUAAAAAUGAGUUGGAGAAGGAAAUAUUUCAGUAAAGUUGAUGCAAUCCUUAAAAUUGUGUUUCCUUGGAUGAAGGACUUGACACUAUAAAAGGAUACAUCUAUAAAAGGCAAAAACACAUUAUUGGUGGCUUCACCCAACAUAUUAUUGUAUAUAGUUUGAUUGUUAUGCUAAAUCAAGAUAAAAAUUGUUCUUUCAUAGACGGAGGACCUGGUACUAUAAAGGGGCACAUCUAUAAAAGGACUAUAAUUUUGCUAAGGAAGGCUUUUUGGUGUAUUCUCCUUAUUGAAGACAAAAACAAAAAUAAUGGUGGCUUCAUCAAGCAUAUUAUUGUAUAUAGUUUAAUUGUUAUGCUAAAUCCAUAUAAAAAUUAUGUUUCCAUGGAUGAAGGACCUGACACUAU